CCAUCCCAAGAUGUGUGGCCUCAUCUGGCAACCCUACGAAAAAUUUCUAGGGGCGCCUCUGUCUUUACAUUUUCCAACACGGUUUUGAUGAAGUAAUGUGCAAAACAGGCCUGCAGCUGGAGGUGUGUCCAGACUUGACUUGUUGAGUGUUUCACAGAAGAGCACGCUGGAGUUUUCCAGUAUAAAAACCGGGGAGGAGAGUCAGAUCGCAGCCAGUAAUAAUGCUGAAGUGCUGCUAUUCUGUUUACAUAUCAGUGGUGCGGGAGCGCGCAGCUGUGGCGGGUGCACGCGCUUAUAACUUCCCCUCAGUGCCCGACAGACGCGUUUAAAAUAAAGUUCUGCAUGUAAACAAUAGCACGGAUUAGUUGUAAAGAAGUGCAAAGGCUGCAGGAGCUGGUUUGUUGAUGGCUGGAGUGUGCGGGAAGAGCGCGGUGUCGUUCUCCGUGCUGAAGCGGUCUCUGUGGCUGCGCUCCCCGCGUUCGGUGCUCUGUCCCGGGCGGAGCGGCGCGCUGGAGGCCCGGUUGGCAGCUCGGGCUCCACACCCUCUUCGGGCUCUGAGACACCCAGCUAAUGUGUGUUUCUCCUGCCAGGACUCCAUGAGCGACACCCUGAGGACCUGCUACGCCUAUCUGAACCAGACGAGCCGGAGUUUCGCGGCGGUGAUCCAGGCCCUGGAUGGGGAGCUGCGGCAUGCGGUGUGUAUCUUCUACCUGGUUCUGCGAGCGCUGGAUACGGUGGAGGAUGAUAUGAGCAUCCCGCUGGAGCAGAAGCUGCCGCUGCUGCAGGACUUCCACACGUUCCUCUACCAGCCCGAGUGGAGCUUCAGCCAGAGCAGAGAGAAGGACCGGCGCGUGCUGGAGGAUUUCCCCACCAUUUCGGUGGAGUUCAGGAAUUUGGGUCAGGAGUAUCGGGAGGUGAUUUCAGACAUUUGCCACCGGAUGGGUGUAGGAAUGGCUGAAUUCCUGGAGAAGAAGGUUUCUUCCAUGAAAGAGUGGGACAAGUACUGUCAUUAUGUGGCGGGGCUGGUGGGCAUCGGGCUCUCCCGGCUGUUCUCCGCAUCCCAGCUGGAGGAGCCGGAGGUGGGCCGGGACACAGAGCUGGCCAACUCUAUGGGUCUGUUCCUGCAGAAGACCAACAUCAUCAGAGAUUAUCUGGAGGACCAGCAGCAGGGGAGAGCGUUCUGGCCAGAGGAGGCGUGGAGUCAGUAUGCGUCAGGUCUGGAGGAUCUGGCUCAGCCUCAGCACCUCAGCUCUGCUCUCUCCUGUCUGAAUCUGCUGGUCACGGAUGCGCUCAGACACGUGCCGGACGUCAUGCUGUAUCUGUCCCGACUGCGCAACCAGAGCGUCUUCAACUUCUGCGCAAUUCCACAGGUGAUGGCGAUCGCGACUCUUUCUGCCUGCUACAACAAUCCUCAGGUGUUUCAGGGUGUGGUGAAGAUCCGGAAGGGCCAGGCGGUGACGCUCAUGAUGCAGGCCACAAACAUGAGCGCCGUUUACAGCAUUAUAACACAGUACAGCCACGAGAUCCUGCAGAAAGUUUCCAUCUCAGACCCGUCGCGGGAGAAGACGCUGCAGAUCCUGAGUGUGAUCCGAGAGAAGAGUGUGCACGAGGGGUGUGUGUCAUCCCGCGCACACCACCACAUCUCUCCUGUGUGCGUGUCUGCGGCCAUGAUCCUGGCGGCACUCAGCUGGCAAUACCUGAACACCACCGCCGGACCAGCAGGGGGCGCCGACAUGCAGGGACACUGAGAACACACAUGAACAAACACAACACACACACUCAAAUCUGAGGCGUUUUAGCUGCUUCACUGGACCUCGUGAAGCAUUCAUGAUCAUAUAUUAUAUAUAUGUAUAUGUAUGACGUGUGUAUAAUAUAUAUGACUGACUGUUUUAUGAGUU